GCAGGCGCUGGGGCACCGGAAGGACAGAAUCCAUGAUGGCGGUUUUCCAAUUAGGUUUUUCCACUUUACGAAUGUAGUAGAAGUUGUGACAAACAUGAUUAUUGAUGAGGAAUUCUGUACAGAGCAAAGACAGUGAAGAGGAAAGAGCAACGAAAUAUUCCACACACAAAGUGAAUUAUAUGCAGUACAAACUCCGCCAUGUGAAUGUCGAAACUAUGAAUACUUCAAAUUAAUAAUGAUUUUGUUUGAAGAGGCUUACCUCAUUAUUGUACGUGUACGUACAGAGGGAUUCAAAAUAGCUGAAGUACAUGCAAAAAAGGUCUACGAAAAAAAGUCAAAAAUAAUCAGACAGAAAAACAAAACGAACUGUACGAGAAGAGAAAACGUUGUAAAAAACUUCUUGUAGUCGAGCGGAAGCAAUAAAUAAGGCAGAGUAUUGAUAGCGGCACAGAUACUCAAGUUUCAACUAAAACGUUUUUUCUAAGUUUUAUCUUCAUCACAACGAGCCAACAUCGCCAUGACCGGCGGCGGAGGUUCGCCCAAGCAUGGGUCCUCUUCCAGCAGAAACGCAGGGACGUUAAGGCUGGGAUUUCGAGAUACGUAUGUGUAUGUAGUGGCCUUUUGUUCCCCAUCAUGAGGCUGGAGAAUGUGUAGUGGCUACUAGCUUAACACCUCUACCUACAAUGCCACCGGACGGCACCCCGCGCUCACUCCUAUACCUGUCUCUGAGGACGACUCUGCUUUUGCUUUUAGGCCCUUACUUCCCCACUUCUAUAAUUAUAGCCUCAUUCUUCUACCCUUUCUAAGAACCACCCAGCUUUUGCCUUCAGGGCAUCUUCAGAGCGGAGGUGGAUCGCCUUCGUCAGGCAGUCCCGGAAAGAAAAGGACGCAAAUAGCCUAUGACCUGAGUCUCAAGCAGGGAGAUCACUCCACUGUAUUUGCGGCUGGAACAAAAGAGAGCUAUAAAGGCGAAUGGCUCGACAAUAGAAAGCACGGCUAUGGAGUGCAGACAUUUAAAGAUGGUAUUUUUUACCCCUUGAGUGUCGGAGUUGCAGGUAACUAGUUGUGCUUUUUACUCUUUGAAAGCUGGUGCUCUAAAAGUGUAUGGCUAUUAAUGCUAGUACUGAUGGAGUUCUUUUUUUCUUGUGAUUAUGUUGGUCCAUAAUUAAUCAAUGUGAUUUUCACUACUAGUACCAGCAUUACUUUGUUUUCUGUCGAGCUCUUUUGCAAACAUGAGAAUAACAGUCUCUUUUCUGAGGUUUGUCAAAGUAUGAGGGACAGUUUUACAACAACAAGCGAGAAGGCGAGGGUGUAUAUUGGGUUGCGGACGCCUCAAGGCCAAACAAGAUGAGGAAAGAGUACAUUGGAGUAUGGAAAGGAGACAAACGGCAUGGGACAGGUAAUAUUGGGACACGACUCAGAUUUGUCGUCUUUUUGGGUACGGCGUGUUGACGCGAUAAUCAUUUUUCAUCUUCAUCUUUCACUCAGUGCGUGGUUCGUACUUUCUAGGUAGGAUCUUUCCAGUAUUUUUGCUACAUCAUUAAAUUGAAACUCUGCGUCCGGAAGUAUAUCAAGUACAAGAGAUCGAUGACUCUUCCACCGUUACCUCGUGGUUAGGUACCGCGUAUUACGCGCACAAAGAGCACUAUACAGGGCAGUGGUGUCUUGACAUGAGGCAUGGGCAAGGGCAGAUGAGUUUUCGGGAUGGUGCAAUUUAUAUCGGCGAUUGGCAUGAAGACGUCAGGACUGGAUACGGUAUUCAGUUUUGUAAAGAUAAUUGGCAUGAAAGUGAUAGCAGCACUGGAUGCUGUAGAAGAAUAUCCGAACUAGCAGUACUAGAUUGAAUGAAAGUACAUCUGGUUAGUAUAAAAUGCUGCUUUUAGAAUCGUGUUGAUCCCUUUUCUUUACCAUCUUCAAAUAAUGGCGCUUCGAAUACGAUGGUGAGGAAGCAUCGUCAGGUGUCCUCACGAAAGCUAACGGUGAUGUUUUUGAAGGAUACUGGGUGAAAGAUUCGAGAGAAGGAGCAGGGAGCUUCUUCUACAAAUCAACGGGAAAAGUAUUCGUUGGAGAGUGGGCUAAGGAUCAGCCAAUAGCAGGAAUAUUCCAGCAAGCAAUAAAAAAUCCAGCGGAACCAGGUAUGCAUGAAAUUAUAGAGUUCUAACCUAGAAAGUGGAGGCUUGGAUGGGGACGAGAUGAAGAACUUGUCGACUUCUAGGACCAUAAAUAACGCGAGGUCCCUAUCAUAAUGACAUCAUGACAAUGAUAAGAACUACGUCGUGUUCAAUACCUCAACCUUCUCCAUUCACAUCAGGUCAACUGCCAAUAACGACCGUGUUACCAGAGAUAACGCUCGAAAAUCCAAGCGGAGUUUUAGAAGCAGCGCUUAGCACAGUACAGCUGCUGUUGGAAUUAUUAUAGCAGACUCAUGCCGAAGAUUCAAUUUGAUUUAUUUUAUAUCCUAGGGAGUGGAGACAGAGACAGGAGACUUGGAUGGGGACGAGAUGAAGAACUUGUCGACUAUUGCGUUUCUAGCUUCUCAAUUAUCAGUUAAGUACUUUCCUUCAUCCGGUGCCUUUAAGUAAGUUUCUCCUAGCUUUAGACACAAGCUCCUCAUGUAAGCCCGCACAGCCCGGCCGCAAAUCAAGAUUGACUACCUCUAUGUACUAUAUAUAAAGUUGGUUUAGGUCCAGCGACGCUUAAGGCCCUGCUGGGGGAGGUGGGUGGCUCCUCUCCCGGCUUGUAUGAGGUUCAUCGUCUAGAUUUGUUUUGUGGGUUGGUGGCUUUUUGGCAGGUCUUUGGCUUGGGUUGGCCGACCAUUGCCCUCCCUCUCCCCUUAUUUCUGCAUUACUACAUAACUCUCGUCUUCCGUCCAUCACUACAUUCUCGUCCUUGAAGAAUUACUUCACUUGAUCCUUGAUUAUUACUCUUUCGUUCCUUCUACUACCUUACACGCAUUAGUAAGCCUUCAUUUUUCUCAGUCAUCAAAUCGAUUCUACUAGGUACGGCACAGUCGGUUGAUAUAUCGCGCAGUGCAUACACCUUUAUCGAAGCUGUAUUCAGAAGUGGAGAUAGCAAAGCUUCGCGACCUCUACGCACAGACGGAACACAUAUCAAAAAAGUCAAUGUUUAUGGUCAGAAUCGCGGAGAUGGUUGUAUUUGAGAAUGAAACUUCAGACUUCAGUUGUAACCUCGACGAGUACAAGUAGUUUACUACCUUCUCUAACAUUCAACAUCUUCAGUGCCGUGCGCUUAGGAGUCUAGUACUUGUCUUCCACCACCAACGUGUCAUUGCGUUUCUUGGUUGGUAGCUAGUGAAAGAGGUAGAAGGUAUGUGCGUGCGGGUAUGUUCAGAAAUUUAGAAGUCAAUGAAUGAACAAAAAGUUUGAAUUUCUUCUAACAUCUCAGCAGUGCACGAGUGUCUUGCAAGUGCAGUAGCGCAUAUGCAGUUGACAAAAGUGACGGGAGCUCGCGUUGAUGAUCUAGUGGAGGAGUUCUUCCUGUACAAAUAUUUCGGCUCAAUCAACCCGGCAGUAUCGGGAGAGGUAAAGGGAGAGGCAAUUUCUUUGGGCUUGCAGGAGUGGAGUCUAGAAGCAUUUGCGAAGAUUGUUGCGUUGCUCGUGGAAGAAGAGGUAAGAACUAAUAACUCUGACACAGGGAGAAAGAUCAUGAUUUUUGCAGUACAACUAUUUGUUCUUAUUAAUUCCUGGUCAUCAACAUCAUGCUAUGAGGACUAACCGCAAUCAACAUCAUGCUAUUCAGAGGUUCUUGUUGUUAGUAUAAAAACUGCAAAGAGCACGUUGCGUUUUUCCUGAUCCACUUCUAGCUAUACAACCAACUCGAACUCUUAAAUUAUGACAGGCACGAGCUACUGCAGCACUUACGGCUUGACUGACGUGGCCACUCUCAGCAGGUUCUGUCAUCUUCCCUGUCGUCUUUUACGAAGAAAUAUUUGGUCACUUUUCUACAAUACAUGCUACAGCUAAUCACAGUCCAGCUUUGCUUUUACGAAUAUGAAACUCAAGAGAAAUAUAGUGAGUGUGAAACUCAAAGAACCAGAACCUACAUUAGAGAUGAGAUGAACGAGUAAAACGAUUCAGAUAGCAUAAAAACAAUAUAAUCGAGAAGUAUCGCGUCGUUUACGUCCCACGACACUGAUACAGCUCAGCUACGCUAGGGGAUUCCUUUUUUCAGUUUACGCUGUGACCACGGCCAGAGACAAAGUCAAAGUUAAACUUUCAUUCGACAAAACAAAAAUAGUGAAAUUUGAUAAGAGAGAUAGCGUCAUAUGAUUCAUAAGUUACUUGUUUUUUGGCGUUCGUAAUGCUAAAUCUAUACCUCCUGUUCCCGUCGGAAGGAGAGGGAGCAAAUCAAUCGCUUUUAUAGCCAAGAUUAAAUGACCGCCGACACUUGAAUGACGUUGCCACUUUUGUGUCCGCAAGGACGGGAGACAUAUUGCUCGCACGGAAAGAGGGAAAGGUGUUGCUAUCACGCAAAAGCACACACGACUACGACAUAAGACUGAUGAUUCUGAUUGAGUUAUCCCUCCAUUUGGUCAACGUCAUCAUAACAUAAAUCUUCAAGCACAUAUUUUCUGUAACACUAACACUUAUCUAUCAAUCUAUUGUCUGAUUCAUUCUAUAUUCAAAUUCAGUUGUACAUCAACAUUGAAAAUGAAUCAGGAAUUGUACUAGAAAAAGA